GCUUCGUCCACAUGAGUAAGGAGGACGCUCGCGACACGCUCAUGCAGCCGUGGCAGUACUUGCAGAACCCUCCUCAGUACGUCGGCAACGACGAUAGGUGCUUUCGUGCGAUGGUCAUGUGGUGGACAUGCCCCCAGUACCUCAAGAAGCACGAGGAGGGCAAGGCGAAGCGGGCAGAGAUGCGAGGUGGAUCGCAUAUCCAAGGCAGCAUCCCCAUCUCUCUUCACCUGCAGAAGGAGGAAGUCAGGACAGGAGCGAAGCCUAACGUCUUUGCCGUGCUAAAGAAGAUGAAGCAAAGGAAGACGCCUGAUCCUGAGACGGGGUCCGCCGUGUGGCUUAACCCGCAAUGCGAGACCCAGUGCACGUCGUAUGUCUCCAAGUUCAAGCAGAAGUACGGCGAGGAGGCCAACCCAGAGGCCGAGGACUUUGACCCUGAGGUCGCGGUGCUUGCGGGAGAAGGCUUGAAGCAUGGCCGCCUAUGGUUUGGUGACGGGUGCGUCGACCCAGCGAAGGUUCCCUCUCUCCGCCAGAUCCGUCGUGGUCGUAAGAGCGGCCAGCCUGAGGUAGAGCCCCGGCCACGGGCUUCGGAUCUAGCUGUCGAGCGGUUACGGGAGGAGAUGGCAGCGAAGGAGCAGGCGGCCCAGGAGCAAAGGGCGCACAUGGAGCAGCAGAUUCUGGAGUACCAGCAGCAGCAGAUACAGAUGAUGCAGCAGAUGCAACAGCAGCAGCAGAUGAUGCAAGCGCAGCAGGCACAGAUGAGCUGGUUGAUGAGCCAGACGGUUCUAUCUAGUCCACCGGGGAGUAUUGCUGCUCCUCCACCUUACACCACGCCGUGGAUGCCGCCACCGCCCACUCAGACCCCGGGGACACCUAUCACCGUGAACAACUUGAACAUCAUCCGGAGCAUGAACCGCGGUGAGUCCUCCUACGCUUGUGCCCAACCCGCUACUUGUGCUUGUUCAAUAUGCAAAUGUUCAUUCCAUCAACCUGCUUAUAGAUUAUAUGUCACAAGGCAAUGACAAUGAGGCCGGCGGAAGCGGAGGAGGACAAGGUUGAUGGCAUGGUCUUCGUGCACUCGUGGUCGUUGCAAUGGAUUGUUCGCACUUGUUAUGGAUUGUAAUAUGGACAUUGCUAUGCAUGAACUAUGUGUGCUCGAUGUGGACUCUAUGUAACGGAUUGUAUGCAUGAACUAUGUGUGCUCGAUGUAUUUGUGGUGUUGUUGAUGUGUUUGGUGAUCUUAUGUUGAUAUAUAUGUUAUAUAUGCUAUAUUUGUGAAAUGCAAUAUUUGAAAUGCAGGGAUAAUUGAAAAAUAGCAAAAAAAUGAAAAAAUCAGGCCCCUUUGCCGUGUGUGUGCACACGGCAAAGGACAUUUGGUCUCUUUGCCGUGUGCACACGCACGGCAAAGGGGCCACGUGUCGCCCAACUGUGCUCCUGGGAGCUCCUGGGGGGCGUGCCUGCAUGGUUCUUUGCCGUGCGUGGCAGAGCAAGGCCGCACGGCAAAGCGUCGCACGGCAAACAUUGUUGCGCACGGCAACGCAGGGCGCACGGCAAAGAAGUAGGGCGCACGGCAAAGCAACGGCGCACGGCAGCGAUGGCGACGCACGGCAAAGAUCCCUCGCACGGCAGCGUCCGCAGCGCACGGCAGAGAUGGCGACGCACGGCAAAGGGCGUUGCCGUGCAAUCCGUCCAUGCGCACGGCAAAGGCAGCUUUGCCGUCGAAGACUUUGCCGUGCAAACUAUGCCGUGCGUGCACGCACGGCAAAGCCUUUGCCGUGCGUAUAGGCCUCUUUGCCGUCCAAUGGCUCGCACGGCAAAGCCUGUUUCUCCCG